GCCUUCCACAUGGCACAUAGUUUAGUUAUUAGCAUGAAGCUAUCGCGAACUAGCUACUUACCCUACCCAGACUAGGAUGAGGGUUUGGAUCUGGCUGGAUCUGGCUGGAUCUGGAUGGGAAGCGAAAGGGAAGGGGAAGAAAAAGGGAUGAAUGGAUGGAUGGGGACGGAGAUGUCCUUUCAGUUUCCACUGCCCUGACACACACAAGUAUAGCAACACCUUAAUCCAAACAAGUUCUAGACAGACAAGACGACAGCUGACAAUCACAAUCACACUUGCGACACUAAUUAGAUCGAAGCCCCAAACACGCCCUGACAGUGCCACUGCCAUAAAUCCAAUCCCCUUCCCCCCCACUCCGCCUGGCAGGGGGAAUUACAAUCGGUGCAGUGUGCCCCCCUGUCCCUGUCCCUGUCCCUGUCCCUGUUCCUGUCUUCCUGUCUUCCUGUCUGUGCCUGUGCCCUGUCUAGUGUCUACUUAGUAGUGUGCCCCAUCGCAAACAAUGCCUUUCAUCGAGAGUUCACUGGACGC